UACGUCCUUACGUGUCUGCAUCUUUAUUUCACCCUGUAUCCCCGUGUUCUUUAUAUCUAAAAAAAUAGUACUCGUAUUGAAUUUUUGACCCAAAUCCCCACAUUUAUAUCUCCAGGAGUAAUCUUAAGGAUGACAGAUUGUGAUGUCGAAGCAUUACAGAAGGAAGUGGAUGCUCAUGUAUUAUUUCCGCCAGAAUCAGAUUUUUCCAAGGUGUGUUCUUGUGACGAAUGUUCUGCGAAGGUGAAGGUUCUUAAGGAAUUUGAGGCAGAUUUACGGGAUAAGCAGAAUCGUGUCUUGGAACUUAUAGACCAACAGGACCCAGAUCUUAUGAACUGUAUAGCCCUUGGUGCUGCCUCUUAUUGGACGAGAAGCCUGUUGGAUCGUCUUCAUCGUGAGCUUGAACUACUAUACGAGAAGUCAGGAGCCUCAAGGACGCUCAAAAGAAGUAAAUCUGAACAGGAGCUGAUAGAUGUAUCUUUUCAAAUCAGUAAUAUGCUAAUAGAUAAUAAGCUGUUAGAUAAAAUUGACCCUGUGGAGAUAAGUGGGGCCAAGUAUUCUGAUGAUCGUCCUCUUGCUUGGGAAAUAAAGAGUGGGUAUGUCUGGUAUGGGGAUACCAGAUUUAAGAAUGCUGCUUUUGAAAUUAUUAAGAAGAUUGAAGAGAUCGAAAACCAUCAUGAGAAUGACAAGAAAUCUGCUCAAGAAGAAGAAAGAUCUCUGGACCCUUCAAUAUCUAAGAAGCACAUAGAUGACCAAAUAAUGCUUUUAAAGAAGCUGCCUGUUGGUCAACUGCACCAUGAUUGUCAAAAGUUUGUUCCAAAAGUUGCUCGGGCUUUAAAAGCAGACAAUGAUAUCAAUUCCAUUUAUCGUACUAUGAUUAUAAUUAGGAGGCUCUUUUGGAAGAAAUAUCAAAUGAUUGAUUCCUCCACAAGCAACACCAAUGAACAGAGCCACAGUUGGAGUGGGUUGAAAUUAACUCUCGAGUUAUUGGCGGAGCAGGCUAAUUCGUUUCGAGAGUUAUGGGAUAAAGAGUAUGACCAACACUUUGGCCCAUAUGAAGGAUCAGACUCCAAAAAGCAGAAGACGAACCACUGAGUAAGAGCCUGGUGGAAGAAUGCAUGAUGCACGGUUUGAAAAGCAUGUUUUAGGUCUCAAUGCAUUCUUCUUUAUUAUGAAUAUGAUGUGAGGUGCAAGAGUCUGGCCAUACAGAACCUAUCCAUCAAAAACUACAAGUAUGAUGUUGUAAAUUAUUAAGAAAACAAAGCAGUUAUAACUUAUAAAUAUAAAAUUUACUCUGUAUAAAAUACUUAUCCAAUAAACUGUGUUUAGGACUUGAUGGUUUCCGAGUAACUCGGCCAGUCAAACUAUGUAUACUGAGUUCUUCAUCUAUAAUAGAGAUGACAUUUUCCC